AAUUUUCAAACAAGAAGUCCUUAUUACCGCAUGCGUAGACUGAAGUUGCGUCUAUAAAUAAAUAUACGCGUAGCGAUAAGUCUCGUGAUAACAAAAAUUACCGCCGCUUUUGCUAACAGUCGACUAUCUGCAACGGAACAGACAGCUUCACGUUCAAAUCUAUUGAGUGUGGCAAAAUCUCGUAUUUUCCGUUCGUCAUUUGUACAUACUCGAAAGAAAAUCUGAAAUAGUUGAAUUAAAAAUGUCCGAUUCCGAUAGCAGCGACUACAAUCCGUACACAAGCGCAGUUCAAAAAUACAGUAGACUUAGUGCGAUAGAAAGCGCGAAACACAGAAAUGAAUUAAAGCACUUGAAUCAGAUGAUGAACGACAAUUCGGACGAUCCAGAACCGGUGAAAAAUUCGAAAAAUGUGGCUCAGAAAAAAGAAGCUAGUAGUGAGAAUAGCGUGGCGACUACCAAAAAUAAGAAAGAUCCUAGUGAAAAGAAAGACAGUGAACCGCAUGUUUUGAGGAGAAGUCUGAGGAUUAGAAAGGCCGUGAAUUAUUAUCCUUCGAUUAGACAUACACUUAUGAGAACAGAUGCGCUGCCUCAAAUUAAGAAACGUCGAACGAGAAAGAAUAGCUAAUAAGUGGAUGAACCAUCAAUCGAACCACACUUUAACUCUAUGAUGUAUUGUCAAAUCCAUGUUAUUAAGUCCGCAAAUGUUUGUACAAUCACAGGUUCUGCAUCACGCAUAAUAUCAAAUUUUUGUAUUAAAGUCUCGUUAAAUUUAAUUCACAAAGCGUUGAAUUUUUUUCUGAUAAACUACUUUAGCUUUUUUAUCUUAUCCAGAUACCUCACUAUCAUCGAUUUUAUUCACAUUGAUAACGGCAUCAAUAAAGCACUUUUAUUCUUCUCUAAUCAGCAGAAUACAUCAAAAAACGCAGUUUUUCAAUAAAAUACAUAAAACUACUUUGUUGAUAUUAAUAGGCAUCAUCCACACAAGUAUUGUCAUUUACGACAACAUUUUAAUUUACGUUUUGUACAAUUUCUCAGUAAAAAUAAAGUCAACAUUGUCAGAUAA